GUGGGGGGAGCGAGGCGGGGAAGUACUUGGAGGAGACGCAUCCUCUUGCGCACGCAGUGCUGGAAAGCAACAUCUCUCUGCCCAGUUCUUCUUUUUUUUGGACUCCUUCUCCUUCUUGUUGUCGAGAUGUGGAUUUACAAACUCUUACUGACACUCUUCAUCCUGUCCUGUCCCGAGGGGAGAAGAAACGCCCUGCAGGACUACCAGAGGACGGAUGGCGUGCGUCUGGUGGUCACGCCCCCCAGCCCCUCCCACCUAACCAAAACCAGGAAGAUCAGCGUUGCCAAGUGUGCUCGAAUCUGCAGCCGCAACAAAAAACUCCCCUUCACCUGCAGAGCCUUCCUCUAUGAUCACCAAAACAGGAAAUGCCAGUGGUUGUCUUUUGACCGGAACUCGCUGAUCGCCCAAUUGCACAACGACGUCAACUUCCAGCUUCAUCAAAAGAAAGAUUAUGUACGUGAGUGUAUCGUGGGUACAGGUCAGAGCUACAGGGGUCGAAGGUCGGUGACAGUCGCUGGGAUCCAGUGCCAGGCAUGGGCCUCCAAUAUUCCUCACGAGCACAAAUUCACGUCCAGGCGCUUCUGGAAGAAGGACCUCAGGGAGAACUACUGUCGUAACCCAGAUAACUCCACCGCCGGACCAUGGUGCUUCACUACGGACCCACGGCCACACCUGAGACACCAAGAGUGUGCCAUACCACAGUGUUCCCAGGUGGAGUGCAUGCAUUGCAAUGGUGAGGAUUACAGGGGACCCAUGGACCACACAGAGAGCGGAAAAGAAUGCCAACGUUGGGACCUGGGCGAGCCACACAAUCACACCUACCUUCCUGACAGGUAUCCCGACAAGGGCCUUGACGAUAACUACUGCAGGAAUCCAGAUGGACGCCACAGACCAUGGUGCUUUACCACGGACCCGAACACAGGAUGGGAGUACUGUAACAUCAAAGUUUGUGACACGCCUCUUAAAAGAACGACGGUGGAAACCAGCGAGUGCUACCAGGGGAAGGGAGAAGCUUACAGGGGGACGGUGGACAUGACUCCCACUGGGCUCACCUGCCAACGCUGGGACUCUCAGUACCCCCACAACCACUCCUUCAUCCCGCAGGCAUACACUUGCAAGGAUCUGAGGGAAAACUACUGUCGGAACCCAGAUGGCCGACAAUCCCCGUGGUGCUUCACGACGGACCCGAGAGUCCGCAUAAUGUUGUGCACCAACAUCCCUCAGUGUGGCUCCCAGAACAAGCCUGAUUGUUACGAAGGCUUCGGGGAAAAAUACCGAGGAGAGCAAUCCAGGACGAGAUCAAACCUGCCCUGUGCUCCAUGGAGGGAACGCAGCAACAGCGGCGAAAGGGGCAUGGCAAUGGCAAGCCUGGAGAGGAACUACUGCAGAAACCCUGAUAAGGACAAACACGGACCGUGGUGUUACACCAACAAUUCCGCCAUACGCUGGGACUACUGCAAUGUCAAACCAUGUAAUGCUUCCCAGAGCGUCAUUCCAGUGGGUGAGCUGUCCUCUGUGGGUUGUUUUGUCCAUAAGGCCACCAGAAUUAUUGGCGGGGGUCCGGUGAGCGUAUCUGACGGCAGCUGGAUGGUCAGCAUACAAAAAGGGUGGACGCACUGGUGUGGGGGGUCACUAAUACGAGAAGAGUGGGUACUCACUGACAGGCAGUGUUUUUCCUCAUGCGUUCCAGACCUGAGUGAGUAUCGAGUUUGGCUGGGAGUGUCUAACAUCGAAGAGUCUGAUUGGUCAACAAGACAGGAAGUCCGUAUAGCGCAAGUCAUUUGUGGCCCCGACGGUUCCAGUUUGGCCCUAAUUAGGCUUGCCGAACCUGCCCUUCCUGCAGACAACGUGCACACCAUCCAGCUGCCUGUGGAUGGCUGUUCCAUCCCAGAGGGUGCCAUUUGUAAAAUGUAUGGAUGGGGAGAGACCAAAGGCACCGGCCAUGAUGACCUCUUAAAAGCAGUCAGCCUGCCCGUCGUGAGCAAUGACAAGUGCCGAGAGUUGCACAGAGGAAGUCUCCACAUCACCAACUCCAAAAUGUGUGCAGGAGGCAAGAGAAACGAGGGCGUGUGUGAGAGGGACUAUGGGGGCCCACUGGUGUGUCAGGAUGGCGAGAUCAAGGUCAUUGUCGGCGUGAGCAUCCACGGCAGAGGCUGCGCACGCGCCAACAGACCCGGCAUCUUCAUCAACGUGCCCUUCUACACGCAGUGGAUCUACAAAGUCUUCAAAUAUUACCCUGAGCCGGAGCUCAGCACGGAAUAACACGCCGCAAAAAGCGGUGGAUUAAAACCAACAUUUGUACCAGCAACUGCAGCAGAACUCUCGGGAGGACUCGUCAGCUUUUUGGAUUGCCUCUUAAUAGAUGAGUAAGUAAAAUGUCAGAUUUAAACACACCGCCAACAGAUGUCACACUCGCUAUGAGAGCACAGGAGGGUAAUUGCCACAAAUGCACAGCUGCUCAGGUGUUUAGUAGCAGAUAAAAGCAGCUAGUAGCCAGAAGACGGCGUCCGAAUCAGGCAAAGAUAAAACAUGAGAGUGAUGAUGCUAAUCAUACAGAGGCAGGGACGUACUUUAAGGCCAUUAAAACUAUUAAAACAGCAAUGUUACAAGAUGAAAUACUUGUUUUUGACAGAAAAAAACCUCAAGCUUAAUUCUACAUGAGCAAAGUUGAAUGUUCAUUUUUAUUAAUUAAAACAAUUCUACAUAAAUAAAGUAUAUAGGAUACAUUUUACACUAACAAUAUAUAUAUAUACUUGUUUUUUUGCAGAAAAAAAUCGGAAUCUUUAAAUAUUUUGAGGUCUAGCUAUGACAGUCGUCCCCAAACUACGGUCCGCAAAGUCCCAAGUUAAAAUAUCUAUCCAUCCAUCCAUCCAUGUUCUACCACUUGUCCUUUUUGGGGUCGCGGGGGGUCGCUGGAGCCUAUCUCAAAAAAAUAUACUUUUUUUUUAUUAUUAUUUUUUUAAAUCUGUCCUUUCUAAUCCAUUUUC